AUGCGUGCACCAUCUGUUCACUGUCAGGCGCGGUUUCUCAAGGUGGACAUCGACAACGAGCAGCUGCAGCGCACAGUCAUGGACCAUGGCAUCACAGGAGUGCCGACGUUUGCCUUCUACAAGGGGCGGCAGCGCGCUGAGUCCUUCACGGGGGCGCGGGUCGACCUGCUCAAGGACACAAUCAAGAAGCUGGCCGGCAGCUGA